AUGGAGGCAAGGGUGGUGGGGAUGGCAGCAGUGGAGGCGGUGGUGGAGGCGGUGGAGGCGGUGGAGGUGGCGGAGGGAGUGGUGGUGGGAGUGGAGGUGUUGGUGGCGGCGGUGGUGGCGGCAGUGGGAGUGGUGGUGGCGGUACUGAUGGUGGCAGUGGGAGUGGCGGCGGCAGCAAUGGUGGCGGUCGGGGUGGAACCGGUCAGAGGGGAGGUACUGGCGGUGGCCAGAGGCAGCAGCAGCAGCGUCCGCAUAGACCCUUACGCCCCAAGAGCUUUGUGA